GUAGCUAUGGAAACUCGUGGAUGGCAACAUCCACCAGUCUGUCCUGCCCCCAUCCUCAGAGCCACCUCUCAGAGGUGCUGACUGUGUGCAGCUGGAGCCGACAAAUCAUACGCUGCAAGAUGGCGAUUGUUCGACUCGUAGCUUGUUUCGCUCUUUACGCCAGCUUCGGCCACAUUCCAUCAUCGCUCGCGGUAAUCCUCCGAACCACGGACAAGAUUGUGUGGGCAAAUGAGUUUGAGCCCAUCGAACUGACCUGUUUAAUCGAGUCCAUCUCAACAAACAACCCAAGGAUUGAGUGGAAGAAGAUUAAAAACGGCGUCCCCAGUUAUGUGUAUUUCCAAAACAAGAUUUCAGGGGACCUGGAGCACAGAGCUCAGCUCAGAGAGCCGGCCAACAUUCUGAUCUUCAACACCACUCGGUCCGACACCGCAGAGUACCGCUGUGAGGUGGCCGCCAUCGAGGAUCAAAGGGACUUUGAUGAGAUACUUAUUAGUCUUGCAGUUAGAGUGAAACCCGUUGUACCUCGGUGCAGCGUGCCAGAAGCAGUCACAGUAGGAACGUCAACGGAGCUGCGAUGUCUGGAGAACGAGGGCUUCCCUGCUUCUCAGUACCGCUGGUUCCACAACAGCGAAGAACUUCCUCAGGAUCCCAAAAACAAUCCGAAAUUCAUCAACUCCUCCUACAGCAUCAACCCCGACACCGGAGGCCUGAAAUUUCGCAGGGUGAGGAAGGAGGACGCAGGGGAGUACUACUGCCAGGCGAAGAAUGACGCAGGACAUGCACAGUGUCCCCCACAAAUAAUGGAAGUCUAUGAUGUCGACAUCCUCGGGAUUUUCCUCAAGUCCUUUGGGGCUUUGCUUGUAUUCUUCUGUUUGGCUGCUUCCAUUUGUCACUCCCUUAGACGUGGAUGCUUCCACACAAAAGGGCACAAUGAGAAUAACUACAACUGGCCAGCACAGAAUGAUGGUGUUGAAUAUGGCGAUGCAGAUGAGGGUCAUUUCCGCCACAAGUCUUCCUUCGUCAUUUGACUGGAAACGUGGGAAACAAGGCAAACACUGUUGAGGUUAACUUGCAACAAUGAGGCUCCGGGUGGUAAAGUCCGAGGUGUAACAUGGCACAUUUUUCUCUGAUGCACAUCGAAAUCAAGUCAACCAACUUGCCAAAGUAAUUUUAGUAUUAUUUUGGGGCACAGUUUGAUUAUUUUUAUAAUGCCACAUAUUUUUUUAUUUUACUUUUCUUUGUAUUGAUUUUCGUUAAAUCACUUUCCAACAUAAUUUAGUUUGUACAAUGAAACCCUUUCAAAGCUGUGAAAUUUGAUAUUUGGCCAAGUGUCAUCUCAAAGGUUACUGUAAGGUACAUCCCCACACCGUUUUUUGGACAAAUCCUCUUUUAUAACUCUUAAACUUUUUACUGUGUACACUGAACUUCUUUUACAAAACUCUUUUACGUUAUCUUAGUUCAUAAGAUACACAUGUUCUGUGUUUGUUACAUGCAGAAGAGUUCAAAACUUGUUUUGUAUAUACUGUAGUUAUACAGGCAAUAAGUAGCAGACUGCAAAAAGCUGAUCAGCUCGGAUUCACAAGGCACAAUUUAUCAGCCUUUUACUAUAUUUACAGGUGAUGAUAACAAAUAUGUACAAGUACAAAUUUAACCAUGGAUUUGAAUACCAUAUAUGCUGCAGAGUCAAUAUGUACUAAAAAGGUGAUGAAGUAUGAUAUUUUAGAGUGCUGUUUCUGUGUAUAAGUGACCUUUUGUGCUUUACUAAUUAUUUUGAGUAUUGGACAUAUUGUCCAGGUCGGACUCAGUAUUAUAUGUAUAUAAGUACAUACAUUUUUUCUUUUGAUCUUUUACUUUUCAUUGCACUCAUACAUUAUUGUAAAUACUGCAUUAAACUGUUUGUUGGAAAUAUAUUUACAGUAUUUACCGUUCAGUGUGUAUCUGCAGUGUUGAGCCUGUCUGUAACAACAGUAUGUCAUUUCAGACAUUAGUGUCAAUGAUUUGUGUAACAACUCAGGAACUGUUGUUAAAUGUCCACUGUUCAUUUGAUAUUAAUGCUGUAUGUUAAUGUUAUUUUGUUACUAUUAAAUACAUUUGAACUGUAA